GUCAGUGUGUAUAGAAAGUGAAAGCUUUGUCAGUGUGUAUAUAUAAAGUGCAGCUCAGUUCUGAGCUCAGAGCAGAUCUGACUGAUUUACUGACUGUGUGACUGUGCAGGAAACUCAGAAAUCUCCAGCAGGGCUUAGAGACAGAGACCAGGUGAGAACAUGGCUGGAGUUGGGGUUUUACAGCCUAAAAUCAAGGAUGGAGUUAGGGUUCUACAGCCGGAGGACACGGAUGAAGACAACAGCACCGUGUGGAUCGGAUUCAUGGACAUAGUUCCUGUCAUCGGGGCAGUAAAAGAGUCAGUGGAGUUUGUGCUGGCUCUGUAUGAAGGGAACAGUGAGGAAAUAAAAGAGAAAGAAAAGGCCCUUGACAAUAUCGUGAAGCAGUUGACCCAAAGCGAGUAUAAACCAGCAGCAGCCGCAACCACAAUUUCUAAUGUGACAGAGGUCCCAAAGGGGAAGAUUACUGAACAUGUGAACAAAGUUUCCAAAAACCAAAACUUAUCUCAAGCUCAAAAAGAAGCAAGAAAGAGAAAAGUGGAGGAGAUUCAGAGGGACAUGCAAGAAAAGUUAAGAAAAAUCGGCCGACAGUUUCCUGAGGAGCUGACGGAACAACUGACCAGGUCAAAAAGAGGAGAACAUGUGUUCAACAAUAACAUCCUUAAAUUUCAUUCAAAGGUGCUGCGUGAAUUUAUAAAGGAAGAGAAAAUUCAUUUACUUCGAGGAUAUAAGUCGAUAGAGCAGACACUAAAUAAAUUAGGUGAACACACACUUUCCCCAAAAACAGCAGAAGAGAUUCAGACAAACAUGGUGGCUCACUUUGAUUUUGAUGAAUUUUAUGUGGAUAUGAACGCCGCACUGUACGGUGAAUUUUGCAGAGCGCUGCGUGAGGCUAUUUUAAAUGUGAUGAGCUUCAAAACCCCCCUGGGAAGAAAGCAAAUAAACAACGGCUGACUCUUAUUAUAGAUAUUAUGAACGAGUAUCAAAUCUAUGUGGACGAAUUUGCAAAAGAGAAAUGGAUCAGUAAUAAACAGACACGACAGAGGCGGUUUGAGGAGGUCAGACAUGAAGUGGCCAACAUGUACAGCACAGAUCGUGGUUUAAACUGGUGCACUCACAUCAAGGAUGUAGUUGCACCAUUGUUUGAUAGCAAGUAGUUCAUGUUUACCAGGACUUGAACAAACCUGAAAACAGCUUAAACAGAUUGGAGAGUGAUUUUUUUUUUACUUUGGCAACCCUGCUCUUUAAACAAAACAUCAAGAUGUUAUAAAUGAACAUCUAUAUAAUAUAUCAUUAUAAAUGAGCCAAAGUCUUUAUGAGAAUCAGCUGAAAAACAAACCUGGUGUCAUUUAACAGCUCUGGAGGAUUAAUUACUUACUUACUUAUUUUAAUUCAGCACUGUUUGUAUAUUUGGGUGUGGAUUAAGUUUAUAUUACAGAUAUAUAGAUUAUUAGUAAAGAGUCUGUAGCUCACAGUCUGUAGUUCAUCACCCUCACUGUUACUCACUGUUACUGUAAAGUGGCUUCAGUUUUCAGAUGAUGCAGUUUGACGGUUUUAUCUUUUUAUUCUGUUCAUAUUCGAGAAAACACAGUGAUUGUAAACGAAUAACUGGUUUAACACGUAAGAAGAACUUUACUUGUACUGUUUUAUUUUCUGUAAAAGCGGUGACGUCUUACUGACCUGAGUGUUGGCAUGACAACGUGGUGAGUCAAUAAAAAACUGUAUUAAAAUGUUUUAAAAUCA